AUGAAUCCCGCAUCGCCUCGCCGCUUGACAUCUAUCCCGAUCGUCGAAUCGACGGGCUUAGCCCCACUCGGUCCGUUCUCGGACUCCCAGCCUUUUGGAACCUUUCGAACCAUUGAUCACAUCGGGCCGCAACUCCAGAAUACCACUCAGGCUCAGGGAGCGCUUGCUCUGCAAAACAAUGGGCAUCUCUCUUCACAUCCACACCAUGGGAUGCUGGUUCUCCCGCCAGACCAAUCGCUACAGCAGGGGAACUACGGUGGAUUGGUAGUCGAUGAGACAGAGUCCACGAGUUUUGCGGGUCAAUUGACGGGAAUGAGGCUGGUACCUGAUCCACCAGACUUGGAGCAUUGGAGACAUCGAUUGUUCAAUGUGGAUGACAUUGUUACCUUAACUGAAGAAGAGUUUCAAACUUACUUCCCUCAUGUUGAUAAUGUCUACUCGCAUCGCUCCACCCAGAGAUAUAAGCGGCGACCAAUGGUCUCCCAUUACUGGGACUGUCGCCUAAAAGGUCGACCUCCUGGAACUCCCAAGUCCGAUGACCCGAAUAAGAAAAAGCGAAAGCGAACUGCUAGGGAACGCGAUCUCUGUGAUGUCAAGAUCAAGAUCACAGAGUACUUGCCUGGCACAGCGGGGGUAGAUUCCACUGGCGGGUUUGAGUCUUUACCAGCUGAACUCUUACCUGGCGUGCAUACAUUGUUUCCGAUUCAACCUACUCAACCCUUUGGUGCGCUCGCGCCCAAUUCAGCGCUCCCGGAUGGUCAUCCGGGCGCUAGUGGGCAGCGAUACUUUACAAUCCAACGAGUGAACGGUAAUGGUGCAAAUGGGAAAAAUGAUGGUGUGAGUGGAGGACAUCGACACACACUCGAAGAGAGUGAUCGUGUGAAGAAGAAUAGUGUCCAGCGACAUUAUUUGAAAGAAGAUAAGGAUCGAAAAAAGGCAGGGUACCGCGGUAUGUCUGACGGCAAGAAAUCGUAUCAUACAAAGGCGACAGGCCUAGCCGCCACAACAGCUGCAAAGCAUUCAUUUGAGACCAAUCUUCAAUUGUAUGGGAGCUGCUUUUGUCCGUUUGUUCAACGUGUAUGGAUCGCGCUAGAGUUGAAAGGUAUUCAGUACCAGUAUAUUGAGGUGGACCCAUAUGAAAAACCUCAGUCUUUGCUGGAAGUGAAUCCUCGCGGUCUUGUUCCAGCAUUACGACAUGACAACUGGGGAUGCUCUGAGAGCACAGUGCUCAUCGAAUAUCUCGAGGACCUGCAUGUUGGCAUGUCUCUUUUCCCAGCUGAUCCGAAGCUGCGAGCCCACUGCCGACUGUGGGCAGACCAUGUAAAUCGGAACAUCAUUCCCACGUUUUACAGGGUGCUGCAAGAACAGGACCAGCAAAAACAGAUCGAGAACGCUCAGGAGCUUCGGAAUGCCUUUGACAAAUUGAUCACUGCAGCUCAUCCGCAAGGUCCAUUUUUCAUGGGGCCGCAUAUUUCCUUUGUGGACAUUCAGGUUGCACCUUGGGUCAUUCGCCUGAGUAGGGUUCUCAAGCCCUACAGAGGAUGGCCAGAUGCCGAGGAAGGAAGCCGAUGGGCAUCUUGGGUAAACGCCAUUGAGACGAACGAGCAUGUUCGAGCAACAACUAGCACUGAUCGGCUUUACCUCGAGAGUUAUGCACGAUAUGCUGAGAAUCGUCCAAAUACCUCACAGCUUGCCAAUGCAAUCAACUCAGGACGCCCUCUUCCUUGA